AUGAGGGUUGUUGCACUAGUCAGUGGUGGUAAAGAUUCUUGCUUUAGUAUGAUGCAAUGUAUAGCUGCAGGCCAUGACAUUGUGGCUUUGGCUAAUUUAUAUCCUGUUGGAAAGGAUGAACUAGAUUCAUUUAUGUUUCAAACUGUUGGAUACCAAGGUGUUGAAUAUAUUGCAGAAGCUAUAGGCUUACCAAUGUAUCGUGAACCAACUUUUGGUAGAUCAAAAAUGCAAGAAAAAUAUUAUUAUCCAACUGAGAAUGAUGAAGUUGAGGAUCUCUUUAGGUUGUUAAGUAAAGUGAAGGUAAAAGAAGAUAUACAAGCUGUUUCAUCAGGGGCUAUUCUGAGUGAUUAUCAACGAAUUCGUGUGGAAAAUGUAUGUAGUCGUUUAGGUCUUUUUUCUCUAUCAUAUUUAUGGAGAAGAGAACAAGAUGAGUUGUUGAAAGAGAUGAUAGAAAGUUCUGUAAAUGCAGUUUUAAUUAAGGUGGCUGCUUUAGGCCUUGAACCAAGGCAUUUGGGUAAAUCACUUUCUGAAAUGCAAUCCCAUCUUGCCAAAAUAAAUGAAAAGUAUGGUAUUAAUAUAUGUGGGGAAGGAGGAGAAUAUGAAACUUUCACAUUAGAUUGUCCACUAUUUAGUAAAAGCAUUGUAAUAGAUGAAUAUGAAAGUGUAGUUCAUUCAAAUGAUAACAUAGCACCCGUCGGAUAUUUGAACUUUAAAAAAAUUCAUCUACAAGAAAAAAAUCAUGGUUUAGAAGGAUUAACGUUGCAAGAGAGAUUAAAAAAUGUUCCUAUUAAAACCCCAUCCGAUUAUAUCGCAGAAAUUGUUGGUCCAGAAUUGCACGAUGGUUGUAAUUUAUCGGAAGACGAGAACGAUGAACACGAUUGUACAGGCAGUAAUUUAAAGACAUCAAAUUCUGGUCAAUUUAAUCUAUCAAGACCUAUGAAAGUUUUAUAUGAGGAAAAAAUUUUAUAUGAGAAAGAAGACUAUCCCGAUGUACCAGUGGUGAAUAGAAACCAAACUGGCUGGUUCUGGUUUGGUGGUAUUGCUGGAAAACAUCCGAAUGUUAGAUCUGCGAUGAAAGAGGCGUUGAAGAAAUUAAGCAGUCUAGUCAAAAAGGAAAAUCUUCAAAUGUCGGACAUCGUUGCCGUAACGUUGUACAUAAAAGAAAUGGCGGACUACAUAGCUAUAAACGAUGUUUACACCUCAUAUUUGGGCAAAACAAAUCCACCGGUCCGCGUAUGUGUGGAAUGUCCGUUAAAUAUACAUGUUGUACUUGAUGCUAUAGCCUAUAAAGAAACUCAAGACUGUGGUGAUAAGAAAGUUCACAAACGACAUACAAUGUAUGUUCGGAGCAUAAGUCACUGGGCACCUGCAAACAUUGAUCCUUACUCUCAAGCUGUUCGUGUUGGUGAUAUUAUCUUAGUUUCUGGACAAACACCAUUGGAGCCUUGUAGUAGGGCUUUUCUGAACUUAAAUAUUAAAAGGCAAUGUCGUUUAACCUUGAGGCAUAUAGAUCGUAUUAUUAAAGCCAUGGACUCGAAUACGCAACUCAGGGACAUUGUGCAAGGUAUUUGUUUUUUGACUCAUUCUAGUUAUAUACCGGACGCACGAAAGGAAUGGGAGAAACGAACAAAUAAUGCCAUUGUGGAUUACAUCGUUGUACCGUUCCUUCCGGAAGGUGCUCCGGUUGAAUGGUGCGUUUGGGCUCAUAGAGAUAAUAAUAGGUUCGAAUACGAAGAGACUGGUAAAUGUGUAGGUAAUUUCAAAGUGGCAAUAAGGCGUAGGUGGAAUUACGAAAAUAACGUUGCAGCGAUUGUGUGUUACAUGUCUACUGGUUCGUCCAAUUCGACUGGUAAUUUAGCCACGGAAACGAGUUUGCCUUCUACAGAAUUGACUGUAAGUGAACUGACAGAGGCAUUCGAGUAUGUACUGUGUAAACUUACGAAGGGAUCCCAAACAGUAAAUCCGACAUGUAAUCUACGCAUCUUCUACAAAGUCGGGAGUUCGCCAGGACCGAAUUUUGUUCAGGACGUUCUUUCUAAAUUUUCUACACGAAAUUUAGUUACUACCAUUAUACCGGCAACGCACUUACAUAAUUUCAGUACCUUUUUAUCCAUAUGUGGUAUUAGACACGAGUAAAGCCUAACAAUAGUUUUUACGUUGUCAAUUAUUUUACAAACAUUAUUGUGUCAUAAAAAAGAUUGUAAAGAUUUUAUUUGCCGUUUAAAUUAUUUCAACCAGUGGAUAUGAGCCA